UUCAAAACGCAUCACAAAUAGUGAAAUUGAUUAUCAGAACGAUUAGAUUGCUUUUCCGGCGUUUUGAACUAACUGACACUGACAAGAAGAGCUUUCACAAGGGCAAGGGCCACAUUGUAUACAUAUAAACCCUUGAGCAACAAACACACCUUCGUACUAGGAGGCUAUAGCGUGGUGAGGGUUGGCACGAUUGAUGCGCUUAGGUGACAUAUCUUCAAAAUCAAAUAAGACUAUUUUGAAACUGUGCGAUUGCAAUUAGUGUGCACUGUUCAGUGAACUGCGAUCUUCGUUGACAUUCACUGUUAUAGGUUGGAAAAUAUCGACUGGUCGAUUGUGGUCGAUUGCCUUAUAAUAUACCAUCAUGUGCGGUGCGGUGUGGUGUAAGGCCACCGCGAAGAAGGACAACCCUGCUGUACACGUGCCCAAGAAGCUGGAGCUCAGAAGAGAGUGGCUGGAACUCAUUCGCCCCAACUACUCGGAACAUGACCUCACACGGGAAUUGCGAGUCUGUCACAAGCAUUUCAAGCCGGAGCAAUUCCACCAGGUCAACAAGUACACCAAGCUGCUCAAGGGAGAGCUACCCAUGACUUUUGAGGAGGAGUGCACAUACUACGAUAUAUCCGACGAAGAAGUGCGCCAGCGAGUGGCUACAGGAAGGAAGCGCAACCGCAGGCGAGAGGAGGAAGGCGAGGUUUCUAUUGGGACGGGAAGGGGUAUACUGGCACUGGCUGCAAGUGCGGCUGAGCUGGAGACGGGCUCUGGAGCCACCGAAGGCAUGGUCCGUGGGGUGUUGGAAGAGAAGAACAAUCGCAUCACGAGUCUAUUAACGGAGGUCGGUGUGCAUGCGGAGACGAAUACGAAGCUGAGGAUAGAGAAUGAGCGGCUGAGACAGGCCGUGAAGCAAGUUAAGACGUCCAUUAGGCAGGUUAUCAAGGAGUCUUUGCCCCCGCCUCCACAGCCCGUACCACCACCCGUACCACCACCCGUACUACGCCAGCCAGCGAACAACAUGCUGCCGAGUGCCGUGUCACCGCCACACGCAGCGCAGAAUAUGGCCACUCACCAUGUCGAGGGAGCCGAGGGGAUGGAUGUUGCAGGUGACAAUGGGGGGGCUAUGGAUACGGACGAGCUCAAUGACGGUGUGCACCAUGCUCAGCAGGAACAACAGCAGCAACUGCAGAUACAAAACCAGGAACAGCAGGCGCAGGUGCAACAACAACAGGUACACGAGCAGGAACAAGCUCAACAGCAACAGGCCCAACAGCAGCAGGCGCAGGUGCAAUACGAGGUGCCGCAUAUCAAUCAGCACGAUCCCAUGGAGGUACACCAAGUGAAUAAUACGACUGCUGCGGUGGCGGCAGUGGUGGCUGCCGCGCAGAUGGCUGCAGAGCAACAGCAGCAGCAACAAGUACACCAACCGCAGGCCCAGCAGCAGCCGCAACAACAACCACAGCAGCAUGGUAUGCUUGCCACCCCGCCGGUAGUUGACGUGUCAGUCGCGGUCCAGCCUGCGGAUGGGUCCGCCAUGUCGCAGUAGUUGUAUUAUGUUGGUAUGAAAGACAAACAGGUAGUGUACCUGUUCUUUAUCACAUACGAACACUUCGAAUAUACUGUUAUUUUACACAAUGUGAACUGUCCGGUUCAAUUGUGUAUUGUUGAACAUUUAGCCUGGAUACACUUUUUUUUGUAGUCGUCAAUGUACAUGGUAAAAGACGCGCGGAGUGCUGAGGGGACAUUUGACAGCCGGGUGUGCAUCGAGGAUAUACAGCGCACACAACCAUCGUAGAUAUCCAUCCUUCAGCUCUCCAGAUCGGCGAGUUAAGACACCGCGCUUGGAAUGCUAGUCAAAAUCGCAAAUACUAUAUAUGUCCCAGCUCACCCGCUCUUCCUCGCCAUACCAAUCGAAGCCUUUGGACUCUUUUCCCGUAGUAUGGUACACGCGUGCGCACCUGUCGGUGCAAAGUCCAACGUGACAAACGCGAGAUAAUGCUGUAGGUGUAUAAGUAGCUUGUAUAGCCCGAGACUACUGAAUCUUCAACCGGUAUAUGGCAGCGCUCCGAUUUGUUACCGCGUACUUCGGGCGUGGAUCAAAUCUUAGAACUAGUAUGCGAAGUGGUCGGUCUGUGGGUCAGAGAAGUGGCAAAGUCGGAGGCCCCUCCCAGACUGAGAUAAAUACCAAAGUCUUAGAAGACGCAAGGAGUUGAACGAGGCGUGGUACAUGUCGCGUGGUUGAGGUGUCCGGUGCAACGUUUUUAGAGGCUAUCUUGGACGGCGUUCGCCGUUAGGUGGUGCAUCAGCAGGAGCCUGAGUUGAAUUUUGGUGCAAGGAGUAAACGCGUACUUUUCAUGAGCUACCUCUUGACUUGGAAACAAUGUCAUCAUCUGCGAUGUUUGUGGGUGAAGUCUAUUGGCCGGACACUCGGGAGAGACACACGUUAACUGUGAUGCCAAUACCAAGAUAACACCACGUUCAAUGCCCAGGCAUCCUUGAGAAAGACAUAGGUCGAAGCAUGUAUGGCCAAGGCUCUUAAUAUAUGACGCUGGGUUUUAUGAGCGGAUUAUAGUGAGUGUCUCAUCAAUGCAUACAAAGCCAUCUGUUGGUUGUCACAGCUUGGCUGGUUUGUAUAUUUCUGUAGUAUGUACACCCCCAUGGUGCGUGCAUGGCUGCGGCGAAUCAGUUAAUAUCAUAACAUAAAUGCUCCUGGGAGCGAAUAUUGAUUAUCGAACUGAGACAAACAAGAUUAUGAUCCUGGAGACGUAUGCGUUGCGAUCAAGGUGUGCUGGGCAGCAACGGCUCAUCGACACCUUCCUCCCAC